UUCAUUGUGACUACGUUCAAGUAGUUAGGAUAACAAUACAUAGCACAGAUUGAUGAGUGCCCUAAGAAUAGACAUUAUACUUUAAAGUUAUAUAAAAAAAAAUAAUUGAUAUAACACGACAUUGCAACCGACUAAAUAUGUCAAUUAUUCGGAAAACUCAGCAAUGGGGCACUUUCGCUCGUAUUUGGCACGUCUUUGAUGCCACAUGGCAAGAUCCUUUCAUAAGCGCUCCAGUUAUUGGCAAAUAUUUGCUGGGUCGCUAUAAACCAAUUUUUCAUCCAAUGGCUGAUUGUGGCGAUCACGUCGUUGUAAUCAACAGUAAAGAUAUUGCUCUACGAGGAGAUGAUUGGACCAAAAGGGUAUAUUUCCAUCACACCGGUUAUCACGGCGGUGCAACAUGGACAUUAGCCUGGGAACUUCACAAGAAAGAUCCAACUUUGAUUGUUUCCAAAGCGGUCUACAGAUGGCUACCGAAAAACUUGAACAGGCGUCACACAAUGAGGAGAUUGCACAUUUUUGAAAAUGAUAACAUACCAGAAGACAUCCAUGCAAAUAUUAGUAAUCAAAUAAGGCAACUCAAACCGAUUCCCACUCGUCUGGAUCAUAUUCCUGAAGAAAAUGUCAACAGCUUCCCCCGAAUCGUCAAGCUCCCUGAGAAUUAUAUGACAAAAGAUGAAUACAAGAAAGAGAUUGAGAAUGUGUAGUUUUUCAAAUAUAGUACAACUGUGUUAUUCUAA